UUGAUCAACGGCUCUAAUUCAAAAUACAAAGCUUAUUAUAUAACUCACGAUAGUUAUGACCAAUUAAAUACUACCGAGCCUUAUUAUGAUAAUGAUGAUGAUGGUGGUGAUGAUAAUCACCAUCACAACAAAGCAGCUAUCAUCAUUACGAUCAUUUUAGCUGUGGCAUUAUGCAUUAUUGGUGUUGUUAUUGGUGUAUAUUGUUAUCUCAAGCGAAGAAAGACCAUUGAAGGCGAUAUUCUUGUGAAUAAAGAAGAUGAAGAAGAAAAGGAUGAAAAUUACCAAGAUAGUCAAUUACCAACUCCAUUUUAUCUACCACCAAGUAUCACAUCUGAUCCUGCACAGCAAAAUCACAAUAAUGAUAAUCCGUAUUAUUCUAUGGAUAAUUUCUAA